GCGGGCGGCAGGACGCGCUCGGGGAGUCGGGCGGGCGGGCGGCGCGCACCAUGCUCUCCUUCGACGAGGCGCUGCAGCGGGCCGGCGAGUUCGGGCGCUUCCAGCGGCGCGUGUUCCUGCUGCUGUGCCUGACGGGCGUCACCUUCGCCUUCCUCUUCGUUGGCGUGGUCUUCCUGGGCAGCCGGCCCGACCACUACUGGUGCCGCGGGCCGAGCGCCGCCGCGCUGGCCGAGCGCUGCGGCUGGAGCCCCGAGGAGGAGUGGAACCGCACGGCGCCCCCCCACCUCGGCCCCGCGCCCUCCGAGCGCCGCGGCGACGGCCGCUGCCAGCGCUACCUCCUGGAGGCGGCCAACGCCAGCGCCGCCGCCCCGGGCGCGCUCAGCUGCGCCGACCCGCUCGCCGCCUUCCCCAACCGCUCGGCGCCGCUCGUGCCGUGCCGGGGGGGCUGGCGGUACGCCCAGGCCCACUCGACCAUCGUCAGCGAGUUUGACCUCGUGUGUGUCAAUGCGUGGAUGCUGGACCUCACACAAGCCAUCCUAAACCUGGGCUUCCUGGCCGGGGCAUUCACCUUGGGCUAUGCAGCGGACAGGUACGGCCGAAUAGUCAUUUACUUAAUAUCCUGUUUCGGUGUUGGCAUUGCUGGUGUUGUGGUGGCAUUUGCACCCAAUUUCCCUGUGUUUGUGGUCUUCCGCUUCCUACAAGGCGUGUUUGGAAAGGGAACGUGGAUGACUUGCUACGUGAUUGUGACAGAAAUAGUAGGUUCAAAACAAAGGAGGAUUGUGGGAAUAGUGAUUCAAAUGUUCUUCACCCUUGGAAUCAUAAUUCUCCCUGGAAUUGCCUACUUUAUCCCCAAUUGGCAAGGGAUCCAGCUAGCCAUCACGCUGCCCAACUUUCUCUUCCUCCUUUAUUACUGGGUGGUUCCUGAAUCUCCCCGCUGGCUGAUUACUCGGAAGAAAGGAGAUAAAGCAUUAAAAAUUCUGAGGAGCAUCGCGAAAUGCAAUGGGAAAUAUCUCUCGCCAAAUUACUCGGAGAUCACUGUUACAGAUGAGGAAGUUAGUAAUCCAUCCUUUUUAGAUCUGGUGAGAACUCCCCAAAUGAGGAAGUGCACACUUAUACUUAUGUUUGCUUGGUUCACAAGUGCUGUGGUUUAUCAAGGACUUGUCAUGCGCCUGGGAAUUACAGGAGGCAACCUCUAUAUCGACUUUUUCAUCUUGGGAGUUGUGGAACUGCCAGGAGCCCUCUUGAUCUUACUAACCAUUGAGCGUUUUGGUCGGCGCCUACCCUUUGCGGCAAGCAAUAUAGUGGCAGGAGUGGCGUGUCUUGUCACUGCAUUCUUGCCAGAAGGAAUACCCUGGUUGAGGACCAUUGUUGCUACCCUGGGAAGAUUAGGCAUUACCAUGGCCUUUGAAAUUGUUUAUUUGGUAAAUUCAGAAUUGUACCCAACAACAUUACGAAACUUUGGAGUUUCACUCUGUUCAGGUUUAUGUGAUUUUGGGGGGAUCAUAGCCCCAUUUCUGCUCUUCCGCUUAGCGGCCGUUUGGCUAGAACUACCUCUUAUCAUCUUUGGUAUCCUGGCAUCUGUCUGUGGUGCUCUUGUGAUGCUUUUGCCUGAAACCAAGGGCAUUGCCCUGCCAGAAACAGUGGAUGAUGUAGAAAAACUUGGCAGUCCACAUUCCUAUAAAUGUGGCAGAAAAAAGAAAACUCAAGUUUUGAGCUCUCACCUUUGAGCCCCCUGCCAAAGAUGCAAGGAAAGAGCUAUUCAGGCUGGUCCCCCCAAGGAACCGACGUGCCUUGCAGAGACGUGUGUGUUGUCCACUUCAGCUGUGCAGCUCCAAGUGUUUUUAAUACUUUACAAAGACAUUCAGACCAUCCAGAGUAUUUCUAUACGUGUUGGAUGAAUCAAGACUCAUCGUGCUGUCAAAGUUUCUGGGAACAUGUAAUAUGUGACCGGUUUAGCCAAGAGCCCGUUGUGUGCACAGCUCCUCCUGAGGUUUUUUCUCACGCUGGGGCAGUGUCUCUGACCCACUGGGUUACAGAGAGACAAGAGAAGCCCCGCCCAGUUCUCAAUGACGGUUCUGUCAAGAAUGCAAGGUGUGCAAACCAAGGCUCUGGGGCAAGUGUACAGAAAUGGGUUCAUCAAAUCUGAUCAGGACGCGGAGGCUCUGAACUGAGGGUUCUGAUGAUUGCAGGGAAGAUGAAGAUUUGGGGAUCUUGUUAAUGCAGAGACUGAACCUAAGGACCUCGGGCCACCUGGCUCUGAGCCUUUGCUUGCUCUUCUCACCUUGAGCCCCUUAAGCUCCUGGAGCAUCUAGGGUUGCAGGCACUUUUAGGCCUUGUUCCAGAAAUAAGAACAAAUCUGCUGGACAAUUCAAGGAUUUGGCUCUAUUGUUUAUAAAAUCAGAUUGGUCCUGAGAUGAUUCGGGAUAACUGCGGUCCUCCUUUAGUGGACACCUAGAGCCACAUAUUCAGUGUUUUACUGAUGAAACCCAUGGACUAUGAAUUCAUGGGUCUUCAGAUUUUAAUCAUACAGGGAUAUUUAUCUUAUAUGUGUGAAUUCAGCUCUAUCAUGAUGCCCAUGGUCAAGAGUGAAAACUAUGGACAAAUCUCAUUCAAUCUUGACACUUUUGACUUGUCUUGGGAAGAAGCUUACAUUUUAGUUUGAAAGAAAGGUCAGUUAUAUCCAUGCUUAAAAGAACUAGCAGAAGUUUAUAUUGUACAUGACUUUACAGGUACUAAUAAGGGAUUUGAUCUUUCUUUUUGUUUCUGAGACUUUUUGAAAUGUGGAGUUUAAAUACAAAUAUGCCGUCUUUAUGAUGUCCUGCUUUCUAUGUCACAUUUGUUAUAUUUUCAGGUUCAGUAUGUAUCUUAUGCAGAAUUGUUUAAUGAAUUAUUUUGGGUGGACAGGUAAAAUGUGAGCCAAAGGGAAACCUUGCCAGUGAGGAAGAAAGUUUCUAUGUGAACGUGUGACGAUAUGUACGGUGUACGUGCUAAUUGUAAAAUAAGUUUUUAAUCCUUAAAGCACAUCAGAAUUGAAUAUGAAUACUUUAUUUUUCAAUGAAAUAAACACAGUUCUUUAAGGGUGUAAUGCUGCAUUUACCCUUUAUUCAUACACCCUUGCAUUUUUGUUUCUUUUGCAUUUUUCUCUUUGCUGUGAGAUGACUGUUGCUUCUUGAUACUAUCACCUUGGAAUUGUAUUUUGAGUUGACAUUUGGGUUCUGAUAACAAUAAAAAAAUGUAAAUUGUCAAGAAAAAUCAA